UUUGGGUUAACAUGGACUACAUCCUGAGGAUCUACGUCUACUCUCUCGAAGAUACCCAAGAGUUCCCGUCGUGUCGACCGUGCGUCAUCCAUUCCUGAUUAGGCUUGAAAUGCUGACGUCGCCGAGCACCACUCAAGCAGAACACCUGACAGAAUUAUGACAAUCUAAAAUGAUUUUUUCCCCCCUACUUCAAACAACCGGAGUGACGGAAAUCACAUUUUUGUGUGGAUCAACAAGUUGCCUCCAGUGCGUAAUUUCCAUCCGAGAGGAGUUCGAGCGUAAUCCGCGCCACACGUGACCGACAAAUCACUUCAGCUGCAAAUAUUUCUCAUUUGUCAAGAAUUAAGUCCCGGAGCAUCGUGGAGACUCCUGUUGUCGGACUGCGGAUCCAGAGCUGCUCGGCUCCAUGCGUCGCUGCGCCUCCACAUGCUCGCUUGGCCGCCACAUGGUAACUUUGCGCACGCAGAACCCUGGAAAAGGCACGCAGUAGAGAGACGGGAUCUGAAUGAGUUGGGCUGACAUUCACUCGCAUUUCUCUCUUCGCCUCCCCCAGACUGUUGAAUGUGUUUUAUAUCCCGCCGGUUGACGGUGUCUCGCGUUAUCAGCAGAUAUCGAUUGAGCGGUGGAUAGAUCAAUCGCCCAAAUAGGGAGCAGCAAAUGUCGAAGAAACGGAAAACUCCUCACGACCGGGACUUAGAAGACUCUCCGCCUGCUGCACGAAGCUGUGAACCAGGCUUGACAGAUGAGAAAGUGAAGGCCUACCUCUCGCUGCACCCGCAGAUGCUGGAUGAAUUUGUGUUGGAGAGCGUGAGUGCAGAGACGUUGGACAGAUGGCUGAAGAAGAAGACCGGCAGCAGGCCUGCAGAUGACACAUCAGCUAAAGAAGUCACCAGGCAGUACCAGGACACAAAUAUGCAGGGUGUGGUGUACGAGCUCAACAGCUACAUGGAGCAGCGCCUGGACACUGGAGGAGACAACAAACUCCUGCUCUACGAGCUAUCCAACAUCAUUAAAACAGCAACAAAAGCUGAUGGUUUUGCACUUUACUUCUUGGGAGAAUGCAACAAUAGUUUAUGUUUGUUCACUCCAAUGGGGGCCAAGGAUGGGCCUCCGAGCCUCAUCCCCUCUGGUCCCAUCGCAUUUGGGACAACCAUUGCCGCUUACGUUGCCAAGACUCGCAAAACUCUGCUGGUAGAGGACAUCAUGGGGGACGAGCGAUUCCCCGACGGCACAGGGCAGGACUCAGGGAUCCACGUUCACUCUGUCCUGUGCCUCCCCAUCCUUACUGCCAUUGGGGACCUCAUCGCCAUCCUGGAGCUGCAUCGGCAUUGGGGCAAGGAGCCCUUCAACCUCAGCCAACAGGAGGUUGCAACAGCUAAUUUAGCGUGGGCCUCCAUUGCCAUUCAUCAAGUACAGGUGUGCAGAGGCCUUGCCAAACAGACUGAGCUCAACGACUUCCUACUAGAUGUGUCAAAAACAUACUUUGACAACAUUGUGGCAAUAGAUUCUCUACUUGAACAUAUUAUGAUAUAUGCAAAAAACCUGGUGAAUGCAGACAGGUGUGCACUCUUCCAGGUAGAUCACAACAACAAAGAACUGUACUCGGACCUGUUCGACAUCGGGGAAGAGAAGGAAGGCAAACCUAUCUUUAGGAAAACCAAAGAAAUUAGGUUUUCUAUCGACAAGGGAAUAGCUGGUCAGGUGGCUCAGACAGGGGAAGUCUUAAACAUCCCAGAUGCCUAUGCAGACCCGCGGUUCAACCGAGAGGUGGACCUGAAAACUGGCUACACCACACGGAACAUCCUGUGCAUGCCCAUCGUGAGCAGGGGGACCGUCAUCGGUGUGGUGCAGAUGGUGAACAAGUUAAGCGGAAGUGCCUUCACUAAAACAGAUGAGAACAACUUUAAGAUGUUUGCUGUCUUUUGUGCUCUGGCCUUACACUGUGCAAAUAUGUACCACAGGAUCCGGCACUCUGAAUGCAUUUACAGAGUGACGAUGGAAAAACUGUCCUAUCACAGCAUCUGCACAUCGGAGGAAUGGAAGACCCUAACCCAGCUCAACCUCCCUGCACCCAUUUACAAGGAAAUUGAAACGUUCCACUUUGACAUCAAUCCCUUCGAGGAGAUCUGGCCCGCCGUCUUUAUCUACAUGGUUCAUAGCUCCUGUGGAAAGACCAGCUUUGAGCUGGAGAAGUUGUGCAGGUUCACCAUGUCCGUACGGAAGAACUACCGCCGCGUGCCCUACCAUAACUGGAAGCAUGCGGUGACGGUGGCACACUGUAUGUACGCCAUCUUACAGAAGACGACUGGGAUCUUCACGGAGCUGGAGAAGAAGGGUUUGUUGAUAGCCUGCCUGUGCCACGACCUGGAUCAUCGGGGUUACAGCAACGCAUACCUGCAGAAGUUUGACCAUCCGCUGGCUGCUCUGUACUCCACCUCCACCAUGGAGCAGCACCACUUCUCCCAGACCGUCUCCAUCCUGCAGCUGGAAGGGCACAAUAUUUUCUCCAACCUGAAUUCCAGCGAGUACGAGCAGGUGCUGGAGAUCAUCCGCAAGGCCAUCAUCGCCACCGACCUCGCCCUGUACUUCAACAACCACCACCAGCUGUCCGAGCUUAUGACCUUGAGCGCGCUGGACUUGAACAACCACUCGCACAGGGACCGUGUGAUUGGUCUGAUGAUGACAGCAUGUGACCUGUGUUCUGUUACCAAGCAGUGGCAAAUCACACGACUCACAGCCAACGACAUCUAUGCCGAGUUCUGGGCCGAGGGAGAUGAAAUGAAGAAGAUUGGAAUUCAGCCGAUCCCUAUGAUGGACAGAGACAAGAAGAAUGAGGUUCCCCAAGGCCAAGUGGGUUUCUACAACUCUGUUGCAAUUCCUUGCUACACAACGCUAGCAGAACUGUUUCCUCCAUCCAGUCCUCUUUUAAAAGCCUGCCGGGAGAACCUGGACCAUUGGGAGAAGAUAGCGCGGGGGGAGGCGGAGGACGUCGUACCCGGCAAGUCUCGCGAUUCAGGCCCGGUCAAGGUGGAUAACUGACUACCAAAGGGGUUUCCGGCCCACCAAAGGAAUACAAACUAAAUCCUACCACAGACCUGAAACUUUGACACGGUGGAGGGGGGGGGAGGGGGGCCCACAUCUUGCAUCAGCAGGAGAUGGAUUAGCUAAAAGCAACUUGACUUUAAAAACACACAGUUACCUCACUGGGUGACGGAGGUGUCAACACUGAUGGUUUCACCGAUCCCAGAGACUGACCAACAUCAGUUCAGGAGGGACGUAAGCCCAUCACCUACAUCUUCUCAGCUUGGGAAUUCAUUUGGUAGAAUGAACUUGAUUCAUUAUUGUUCUUUUAUUUUGGCUGUUUUGUGUUAUUUUAUUUUUAUUUUUUAUUGCAUUUUGGUCUUGUAUUUGCAGAGGCCUUACUCUGGACUUUUCACAGGUGAGAAUAUGUGAAAUCUAAACAGUUCAGGCUUUUUUGAAAUGGUACUUUUUGUCUUCUGUGGUAAGUUUAUUGUACGAGCACUACUCUAGCAAGGUAUUCCCAGAGACAGAAGGAAUGUGUAGGGCGGACGUGUGGUGUAUCCAACACCUUUUUGAAAAGGUGGACUUUAGAAUGUUUUCAAACUACUUUUUUUGAGCAAAAAUCCUUUGCAGUACUUGAAUAAAAACAGACAGCCUAUUCUUUGUGGAGAUUGCAGAAAUCCCCUAGAAACAUGAACGAACUGUGAUGAGAGGAGUUAGAUAAUGUCAGCACUUGUGAAAACGCUCACAAAAGAGUCACAAUGUUUGAAGUGUGAGGUGGCCCCUGCAGCCCCUCACUCCCGAGCAUCUAGGAACCUGCAGCACCAACAUCCUUCUGAUCAACAAGAUCCCCAUUCAUUUCGCCAAAGCCUCAGCUGCAUACCACUUAAUUUGUCCUCUCAUUUUCUCACAUCGCCGUCACAUCGUACAACCAACUACACAAAUUAUAAUGGUGGGGGAGCCCAUAUAUAGCAGUUUUUCGUCUCUAAGUCGACAGUCAAGAUUGGAAGACGCUGAAGUCAACAACAAUCACAUGACUUCCUCAUUUCUCUCCAUAUUGUCAAACUUGUUAACAUAAAGUAAAACAUGUCUAUCUCUGGGAUUACAACUCAAGAGUGUUGUUUGACUUUUUGCCAGUGUGUGGACUGAAGUUCCCCCCCCCCAUAUCCAGGUCCCGAUGUAGGAAAUAAACCGUCCGACUUAUCCUGUCAUCUUCCCAAACCGUUCUAGGGAAUAGCUUUGGACUCUUUCAAGUGAGUUUCCAAGAUCUUCCAAAGGCAAAUGAAUUUGUCUGAAUCUGUCAUUCCAGUGGACGACCUCCCUCCGAGACAUUUCUGCUCAAGUCUCCUGUUGCGUGGCUGGUACUGUGGUCCCCCAAGUGUAGUGAAUGUACAUGAUGAUGAAUGUUUUGUCGGCUGCAGCCUCUAGGCGGCGGCACGUGGGUUCAUGCCCCAUCGAUUUCCUCCAUGAGCUCUCUUACUUCUCUUACAGAAUUUGCUUCCAGUAAGCUUCAACCAAGAGCAACAGUUAGCAUGCACCUUACCUUAAGUUUAUAUAUAACUUUGCAUUUACGGUAAUCGGUGUGUAGUGUGUACAACCUAGGUUAUUAGCUUGUACAGACUGAGAUGUAUGCUCUGAUGGUGCUAAAUGGUAUGGCAGUUGUGCACUUUUUUGACUGGGUGUGUACUGUGCAUGUGUGUGUGUGUGUUAGUGUGAGUGUGUGUGUGUUAGUGUGAGUGUGUGAGUGUCCGUGCAAGCAUGAGAGAAAGGAAGCAUUUUCACCUUUACUCACCUCAACUCCACAUGACAACAUGGUAAAGUCACUGCACUGUCCCUUCUACUUUUCAGCACCAGUUAUAUCCCGUUGUCUGCACUAUGUUUAGCUUAUGAUCUUUAUCAUUAUUAUUAUUAUUAUUAUUGCUAUUAUUACUAUUGUUAUUUUCUUAAUUAGAGUUAAAUUUAAAUUAACUUAUAUUUUUUAUACAAAGAAAAAUAAUGUUGGCCUUUUUGUUUUGUACAAAGUAAACAUUAAGAUAAAUUAAACAGUCUAGACAUGUUACUGUUACCCAGAAUAACUGAGGAAUGUCUCAACUGUACAUAUAAGAGCCGUAGCCCAAAUGACUUUUAAUAAAUACAUCUCCA